AUGUUGAGAGUCGACGUCAGGAUGCCAACUAAUUUCAUUCAGCCUGACCACCACCACUACCACCCUCCAAAAAGUUUUAUCAUCCGGAUUGGAUUGCAUCUUCGACCCCUACUAGAUGUAGUAAGCUCUCACAAUGGGACUCUGAAGCGGGUCGUUUUUGUACAUUUGCAACAAAUUAUUACUCCGCAAUACAGCCAUGAAUGGAUGCUACUCUUCCAAGUCACAUUUCUUAGUGGAAAGGUCGAUGUGGAAAAUUUGUAUUCGGCAUUGUAUUUGACGAUGUUUCUUAUAUCCGUACUGAGAUACAGUGAAAACUUCUGUUCCAUCGAUCUAGGCUAUUUUUAUUUUUUUUAUAUUGCUUGUUGUCCACUCCUUCAUGAAGCACUCUUCCUACCCGAGGUGCAUCCGUCGGUUCUGCACUGCAUCGUAGCAGUCUUUUUGAUGCCAGUAACCCAUUUUGUACCCCGUCGAGAACCCUUCAUCCGACAAUAUCUCUUCUACAUUGGAUUUUUGUCGCCGACCGGGGCAGAUCCUUUUCAGUAA